AUGGUGAUCCGAUACCGACUACGCCUAACCACCUCACCCAAUCCCCUAACACCCAUUACCCAUAACCCGGACCUAGCGGGCACUCUAUCCCGUAACGACCCGUCCGGCUUCCAAACGACCGACUGGAUGUACCUGCACCAAUGGUACGGCCCAACAGGUCUUAAACCACUCCAUGAGCUCUGCCCAGACAGAACGCCAACAUUACUCGAACAAUUUAGAGACCACCAAAUUAAGGCAUACUUUCAGUCAUUGCCGGGGCUCAGGCACUUGGCACGACCACUCACGAGCUUCGAACACCUCUGCGCAAACCGAACGCACCUUACCCGGGGCAUCUCAUCCCUCUAUUCCAUGCUCAUGACGCAAACUAGCGGAGACACGUGG